AUUAAUCAGUGCAGCCACAACAAAAUGCAUUGUCAUCGAGUUUAUCUUUGCGAAUAGUGCCGUGCUGUUGCCUGUAGACCCCAAUACGCUAGAAAAGUUAAUUUGUUGUAAUUUAUCGUGUACCGAAGUGGAAAAAACGUAACAAUAAGCAUGUCGAGCGGUGCUCUAUUCGGUAACAAUGCGACACGCGGCGCGAGUAAAAAUCUGGUAGAAUUUAAAGCCGGCAAAAUGACCGUCAAGGGCAAAAUGGUUUAUCCAGACACUCGCAAGGGUCUUCUCUACGUCUAUCAGUCAGACGACUCCCUGAUGCAUUUCUGCUGGAAAGACAGAACCUCCGGAAUCGUCGAGGACGACUUGAUCAUCUUUCCGGAUGACUGCGAGUUCAAACAUGUACCACAAUGCAAGACGGGCAGAGUGUAUCACCUUCGCUUCAAAUCGUCCAGCAGGAAAUUCCUUUUCUGGCUCCAGGAUCUUAAAACGGACAAGGAUGAAGAAUAUUCAAGAAAGAUCAACGAGGUACUGAACAAUCCUCCGACGCCACCGACACCACAUAUCGGACGAGGAACUCCGGACGGAGAUCUUCAGAACCUGUUGAACAACAUGUCUCAGCAGCAGUUGAUGCAGCUUUUUGGAGGUGUCGGGCAGAUCGGGGGACUGAGCAGCCUUCUCGGUACGAUGACAAGGCCGUCGACUGGUCAGAGUAGCACCAGAGCUUCGACGAAUUCGUCUUCCACUCCCAUGACGACAAGCGCGACGCGACCUCCAGCUGCUCAAACACCUGCACCUGCUGCAAUCACAGAAACUCCAAGACCAUCGAGCAAUAGCAGGUCUUCGGCAAGAACGGCACCUGCAGCCACACCUGCGGCAGGAGCGACUCCAAAUAAUCCAAUCCAGCUCAGCGAUCUGCAGAGUUUUCUUUCCGGAAUACCUACACCAGCAGGAAGCGAGCCUCCAGUAGUUCAGAGGGGCGUAGCGAGCGAGCUGACGAGUUCCAUCCCUGGCGCGAUAGCUCCGACGGAUAAAUUGGAGAGUGAGAUGAGCGCUCACUUGCCGGUUGGGGACAGCUUGUGCACGACGCUAUCUUCCCCUCAGUUCUCCCAGGCGCUAUCAAUGUUCUGGUCUGCUUUGCAGUCAGGUCAGGCCGGCCCUGUCGUCCGUCAGUUCGGCCUGGGCAACGAAGCUGUCGCAGCUGCAGCAACUGGAAACUUGGAAGAGUUUGUCACCGCCCUCGAAACGGAGGCAAAAUCCACAGGCCAAACCCAACAGCAGCAGCAGGACGACAAGAGCAAAAAACAGCCACCGCAAGGCGGCGGAGGCAAUUCUUCGGAUAAGAAGGACGACGACGACGAGGACGAAGGAAUGGGGCUAGACUAAAAUUUUCUUCUCAUUGAUAAUUUUAACUUCAUUCUCUUUUCACUCGUUUUCACAUCGCCAUCGCCAAACGGAAUUAUACAUCAUCGUGUACUUGUUGUUAUUAGUGUGAUCGAUUGAUUGAUUAAUAAAAUAUUCGGCGAGGAUAUGGAAAUUCAUUUAUACGAG